UUGAGGAUAACUGUAAUAGUAUUAAUAACCUUAAUCCAGUUGAAAAUUUGGAAGACAGUUUUGACCUUUUAGUUAAUAAUACACAAACAAUCAUUUUAAGUAAAGAAAAAUCUUUUAGUAAAUUUAAUGAAGACAAUAAUGAAGAAAUUGAAAACUUUGAGCCAUUAUAUUCUAUUGCAUUAAAAAUGACUUUUAUAAACUGGAAGAAACUUGAUGAGUAA